AUUGAUUUAAAUAUUUCAGUAAUGAUGUGAGUAUCAAUUAUAUUAAUCAAAACAUAGUGUUUUUUUCCCUUGCAUGAUGUUUACGAUAAAACGCGAUAAUACGCGAAUUAUGAUUGCGUUAUAUACGCAGUAUAUUAAUCGAGGACGUGCAUUGAAAUGCUUUCUUUAUAAUUCAUCAAUUAAGCGUAUUAGUUGUCAAUGAAAUCAUUCACUAUGGUACAAAAUAAACUACAAAUUUUUUCUGUGAUGCGAGAUCGCGCUAAAUUAUAUGCUUCCGUUCAUUAUAUGCGCACUGCAAAAUUAUUGUUGCUGCAUUAAUAGUUUUAAUAAGAAAAUCUUCAACCUAUGUGUUUUUAAUCAACUUCAUUAGCGCGCGACAUUCAGAUCAUUGAAUUUUCGCGUGUCACCUGAGACCUUUCCGUCACUCGUUUGUAAAUUAAAUAUUUCGGUCAAGCCAUAAUUGAAUCCAGGUCAACGGGGUUAUUUCCCGGCCGCGUUCUCUACGCGAAGCGCGAGUCAAAACGAACCUAGCAACACGUGCUGAUCUCAACUCCGCGUGCGCUUAUCUGGGACGCGGAAAGGAGCGCGCGCGCGCGCGCCCGCUUGGUAACAGCUGAUCCUACAUCGGUAACAGCACUGCCUGCAACACAAGGUUAUAACGGGCUGUAUGCGCGCGUUUAUCUUUACCUCGUUUCGGAGCGCAACGAAUGUGCCUCUCUCACGUCGUUGCACACAAAGUGCACGUCGUCGUCGUAGUCGCCCUACUCUUGCAAAAAUAACGAUCCAAUGGGAAGCGUGUAAACAAUGGCUGUGGACGCGUUGGUUGGUCGCACUGUCGUCAAGUCGGCCGCGUGCAUCGAAUCUCGCGGCGGCGCCGACGGAAAGCGGCGGCGCACCGUUCCAUGCCCCUACUCCGCAGUCGCACGUCGAGCAUUCAGUAGACUCGGCCAUUUCUCUCGCGAAGCGUAGCGACUCGCUCGGCCGCGCGACGUUUUUUUUUGUGACUGCACCGUGCGGGUACUCCCGGAAGUUUUGCAAAAUAACGCGACGCAAAAGGAUGAUACACUCCGGGCGGACCAGGCUCGAGAAAAAAGUAAGUCUCCAACAAUUAGGAGUGGGUGGAGGGGGCCAAGGGGUCGGCCAGGGGGUACUGGCGGUCGAGGAAUCGGAAAAAGGAGGCGGCGGUACCGGUGGACAAUGGUGGAAGCAGCAGCAUCCAUCCUAUCAUCACCAUUAUCACCAACAUCAUCAUCAUCAACAACACUAUCAUCAUCAGGGCGGUUAUUACACGUCGCAAUCGCAUACUCACAACCCUGUCACUACCAUGAAGCAAUCUUACAUGCAGCUAACAUGGGUGUUUCACGAUGACGAGGCGCAGAUUAACAAGAAACUGCCAAAAGAAUUGCUACUCAGAAUUUUUUCGUACCUCGAUGUCGUAUCGCUAUGCCGUUGUGCCCAAGUAAGCAAGGCCUGGAACGUGUUAGCGCUCGAUGGGUCCAAUUGGCAGAGGAUCGAUCUCUUCGACUUUCAACGAGAUGUGGAGGGACCAGUAAUAGAAAAUAUUUCGAGGCGUUGCGGCGGAUUCCUCAGGCAGCUCUCGCUGAAGGGAUGCCAGAGCAUCGGCAACAACUCGAUGCGCACCUUAGCUCAAUCGUGUCCUAAUAUCGAGGAGCUCAAUCUGAGCCAAUGUAAGAGGAUCUCGGAUGCGACCUGCGCGGCCCUCAGCAGUCACUGCUCCAAACUGCAGCGACUCAAUCUGGACUCGUGUCCCGAAAUAACGGACAUGUCCCUGAAGGAUCUCGCGGCCGGCUGCCUGCUGCUCACUCACAUCAAUCUCUCGUGGUGCGAGUUGCUCACCGACAACGGAGUCGACGCGCUCGCCAAGGGCUGCCCGGAGCUCCGUAGCUUCCUGAGCAAGGGAUGCCGCCAGCUGACCGACAAGGCCGUGAUGUGCUUAGCGCGCUACUGUCCUAAUCUCGAAGCGAUCAAUCUACACGAAUGCAGGAAUAUAACGGACGACGGAGUCAGAGAACUUAGCGAACGGUGUCCACGGCUGCAUUACGUUUGCCUGUCGAAUUGCCCCAAUUUAACGGACGCGACGUUGAUUAGCCUGGCACAACACUGUCCACUCCUCAGUGUACUCGAGUGCGUCGCGUGCACCCAUUUCACGGAUACGGGCUUUCAGGCCCUCGCGAGAAAUUGCAAACUGCUCGAGAAGAUGGAUCUGGAAGAGUGCCUUUUAAUCACCGACGCCACACUCACUCACCUGGCGAUGGGUUGUCCGAGACUGGAGAAAUUAAGUCUGUCCCACUGCGAACUGAUCACCGACGAAGGCCUCCGGCAAAUCGCGCUGUCGCCGUGCGCGGCGGAACACCUAGCCGUCUUGGAGCUGGACAACUGCCCGAACAUCUCGGACAACGGUCUCAACCAUGUGAUGCAGGCCUGUCACAAUCUUGAGCGCAUUGAACUCUACGACUGCCUACGCAUUACCAGAGAGGGCAUACGUAAACUCAGAGCCCAUCUACCCAACUUAAAGGUGCACGCGUAUUUCGCACCGCCGACACCGCCGCCCAGCGCGGGAGCAUCGCGACAACGAUACUGUCGAUGCUGCGUCAUUCUGUGAUUUUGCCUUCAACUCCUAACUCCGAAGUAAAAAUCGUCCGAUAUACAACUCACGGGAUUAUAGUGGACCUUUAUCGGUGGUCGCUGGAAGUACGGCGAUUGUGGGACCUCUCUCUCGUGAUUACCGGGGAGGAACGCUCCGGUUGCCUCAUCACACAUUGAUAAAAGUGAGGAACGGGACUCGUUGUCGAUCGCAGAUCGUUCAAUCGAUUCGAGCUCUAAGCGCAACGAGUGAAUCACGUCACCAUCAUCAACACAGCCACUGAUGCUACUACUGCAAUUACCACUAUGAUCGCUGCUGCUGCUGUUGCUGCUAUAUUACUACAACUAUUAUUACUACUACUACUACUACCGCUGUAACUAUUACACUUACUAUUGUUUCUAUUUGUACUCCGUUAUCUCGGUGGUAUGUGCAUCGCUACUAUUAUCUCGGUUAUAUUACGUGCGAGAAGUUGGUCUGCAAAGGAAAGAAAUUCUCAGGUUUCUUUAGCGAUGUUACGGUUUCCAUGAUCCUCAUUUAGCGCGACGUUCACGUCCGCGGAAAAGUACGACGCGCACGCACUUUCUGAGCUAUCCGUGCCGACAUUAAGCGACGUGUUUAAAAGCAGCUUAUUUUGAUUAGCGUUUGGACGCGUACUUUCCUAGCGCUACGCGAGCAAGUUUAUCGAUUUAUGUUGCUCGAUAAACGCGAGAUACUUAUUUUAAGAUACGCGUAAAUACGUCUUAUAAAUAUCUUAAGCACCCGCGUGCGUACUACCGGCGGAAUGAGGGUGAGAAACGGUAGUUUUAGGGUGGCAAACGGAAUCGAGCGCAAUGCGUGCAAAUGUAUCCAAGAAAUCGAAUUUCAUACACAUCUCGGUGUGUAAUUGUAGCAGUUUCUCAACGAACACUGCCUAUAAUGCUAUUGAUAAAAAAGAAAACCAAAAAAAAAACGAAAAAAAAACAAACACGGUAUAUAGCGACCGCGAAUCGAAUCUCGUCGUAAUAAUAUUUAGGGUAUUACUAUCGUUUAUCGUAUAACGUAGACAUAUACGCACCGAUAAAGUGCUUUCGGUGAAAAUAUUUCUUCUCGGUGUCUGUUUAAAAGUAUUAACGGAACGCGCGUACGUGAUUACCGAACGAUACCUACGAAUUUCUUUCCUUUCGUAAAAAAAAAAGAAGAAAAAAAAACAGAAACAAUGCGUGUCGCGAAGUUUUUCGCAUUAAGGGCGCACAAUUCAACUUUAACGAUGAAAAUUUUGACAUAUUGUGAUUGUGAACACUCGAGACAGAAAGGGAGAAAAAAAAGGGAGUGAGCAAGAGAGAGGGAUGCUCGAGUAUCGUCUUUCAAGACUCGUUCGACUGCCGCUGCUGGCACAGCUUGGCGGUGGCACGCGAGAGAUGCAUUUUACAUCGAUUCGCGGGCAGACGGUAUUUCGCCCGCAAAUCGUACCUUCGAGUCUCGUGUAAACGUAACCAUUUUUCCCUCGGCAGCCCGGACAGCUAUUCUUUUAUUUCGUUUCUCUAUUUUAUUAUUUUAUUUUUUUUUUUUUUUUGUAACUUGUCAUGGACUAGGAGAGCACAGACUGACAAACGAAUCAAAGCGUUAAUGUGUUAAACCAAUUAACUUCGUGCCGGCGGCGAACAUCGUCGGCGUUUUACUUUUUAAGCCUAGGUUAAAAAACGGAAUAGCGGCAGUAUAUCAUGAAGACACGGAGAUAACGCGAAGAGCGGUUAAUCGGCGAUCUCCGCUCGCGACCUUCGCCAAAUUACUCUGAAUACUCCGUGAUUACAGUGACGAUGUGUCCGAUGGUGGAGAACAAACAGACAAACAAAAGAGACACCUAAUCUUUGGCCCAGUGCUUGUAGCGCCCGAUCGCUAGAUCGGCGCAAGUCUUUUAAUCGGAUCAUAGUAUUGUUCAAUGAAGCAACCGAUUUGUGCGGGACUUUCGCAGACGUUGUAAAGGGACGAGCAAUUCAUUACGAGACGCGGAAUAUCGAAUACGGUUUCCCGAGGCUGGGAAUUGACCGCGGUAGAACGAACAGCAACCCCUGCAUACGUGGAUUGCGAUUUUCCAAUUUAAUUGUACACGAAGAAAAUUCCGCAGCGCAGUUUUCACCGAUAGUUCUCACGGCAGAACGGAUUUGGGUUCUCGAAUCGACAAAGUUUAUUUUGAAUACAAAAGACACUCUACAUACAUUGGCUAUAUUUUUAGAAGCGUACUCUUGCCAGAUUUUUACUGAAGAAGCCGAGGACGCAUUUCGGACGCGUGAAUGGCCGGUCGAAGACCAAACAAAACAAAAAAAAAAAAACGACAAAAUUUUCAAGCGGUCCAGUUUCGAAGUGCAAUAUCCGUCAGACGCGAGACGCGCCUCGUAUUCCUUCCUCUGUCUUUAAUUCGUGAAUCGCGAAUGUGUAAACCCGAAAAAAAAACGCAACAGCACGGCGUGUCGUCGCGUUUGAAAGGGGAAAAAAAAAAA